AUGUGUCCUGGCCUAUCUGAAGAUCUCCGACAGAUUGAUGACUCCAGGAAAACGGCCAUUAUCAACCGAGAGCUGAGAAGGCUUAACAUUGACAUUGCUGCCUUACAAGAAACCAGACUCCCAUCAAACGUGGAACCGCCUCAAAAGGGUACACCCAGAAUCCUGUCUCUUCGCCUCUCCACCUCCUCUGGGCAUGUCAACAUUCUGAGCAUCUAUGCUCCCACACUCAGCUCCACAGUGGAGACUAAGGAUACGUUCUAUGAGGUGCUUGAGACUACCAUCAGAGAGAUCCCAACCACAGAACAAGUAUAUCUGCUUGGGGAUUUAAACGCAAGAGUGGGAACUGACCAAGAAGCUUGGCCUCGCAACAUCGGCCACUUUGGCGUUGGGAAACUAAAUGAUAACGGUCAGCGACUUCUUGAGAUAUGCUCCUACUACGAUCUGUGCAUAACCAACACAUUCUUUGCCACAAAGCCCCAACACAGAGUCUCAUGGUGUCAUCCUAGAUCAAACCAUUGGCACCAACUGGACCUUGUGAUCACCAGAAGACGCUCACUGAACUGUGUCCUGACAACCCGCAGCUACCACAGUGCGGACUGCGAUACCGACCACUCACUCGUUGGCAGUAAGGUGCGUCUCCAGCCAAAAAGGAUUCAUCGCUCCAAACAGAAAGGACGUCCACGAAUAAACACAGCAAGGACAGCAAUGCCAGAUGUUUGCGCACGCUUUGUUGACUCUAUUGAAGAGGCCCUUCGUAACUGCCCCACCAGCAGUGCUGAUGAGAGGUGGAACUACAUUCGUGACGCCAUUUACACUUCAGCGAUGGACACUUUUGGCAAAAGAGUGAGACAAAACCCAGACUGGUUUGAAGCAGGAAUUACAGAACUCGAACCAGCAAUUACAGCCAAAAGAAACGCCCUGCUCAACUACAAACGUGGACCUUCAGAGAAGACACUUGCUGAACUCAGAAAGGCCAGAAAUGACGCCCAACGGAUAGCUCGACGCAGCGCAAAUGACUACUGGCUGAAUCUCUGUAAAGGUAUCCAGCACUCUGCUGACUGUGGUAACAUUCGCGCCAUGUACGAAGGCAUGAAGAAAGUUUUUGGUCCGAGCAUCAUCAAGACAGCGCCGCUGAAAACAGUCUCUGGUGACAUCAUCACUGACAGAGGAAAGCAGAUGGAGAGAUGGGCCGAACACUAUCAAGAGCUCUACUCAAGAGAAAAUGUCGUCAGUGUCACAGCUGUUGAGAAUACCAAUGUCCUACCAGCUAUGGAGGAACUUGAUGCUCCACCUUCAAUAGAUGAACUCAGUAAGGCCAUCAACUCCCUAGCCAGUGGGAAAGCCCCAGGUAGCGAUGGCAUUCCCCCAGAGGUCAUCAAAGCGGGCAAGAGUUCCACUCUGUUACAUCACCUGCACAAGCUGUUACUCCAGUGCUGGGAAGAAGGAACAAUUCCACAAGACAUGCGCAACGCUAGCAUCAUAACGCUCUACAAGAACAAAGGAGACCGCAGCGAUUGCAACAACUAUCGUGGAAUAUCCCUACUCAGCAUUGUUGGGAAGGCAUUCGCCCGAGUAGUGCUAAAUCGAUUGCGGAAACUAGCAGAACGAGUCUACCCGGAGGCGCAGUGCGGUUUUAGAGCAGAAAGGUCAACCAUCGACAUGGUUUUCUCAUUACGCCAAUUACAAGAAAAGUGUCGAGAACAGAGACGCCCAUUGUACAUUGCCUUUAUUGACUUAACCAAGGCAUUUGACCUGGUCAGUAGGCAAGGUCUCUUUACCCUGCUACAUAGGAUCGGAUGCCCUCCAAAGCUCCUGAGGAUAAUCUCGUCUUUCCAUGAAGACAUGCAAGGCACUGUCCAGUAUGAUGGUUCAUCCUCAGAUCCCUUCCCCAUCAAAAGCGGCGUAAAACAAGGAUGCGUACUUGCCCCAACGCUUUUUGGCAUAUUCUUUUCCCUGCUGCUGUCAUACGCAUUUGAUCAGUCAGAAGACGGCGUGUAUCUGCACACCAGAAGUGACACACCAGCAAAAACCAAGUGA